AUAUUCGCGAGAGAGCAAAACACGGCUCAGGAAACGACAGGAAUAACACUCUUAGUUUAUGUAAUUGUUGGAGAAUUAUGGUUUAACACAAGUCUCGGAUCUCGCGUUAUUUGUAGGGAAGAUGAAUAACAACACAGAAUUGAUCAACCAGUACAAAGAGGCCUUCCCAGCGUUCGGAGGCUACAUGGAGUGCAUGUCUCGUACUCUUCUGACUGGCCUCUCGUCCUUCUGUCUAGCAUUUGGUGGAACAUACAUUACACAGCAUCUGACAAGCAAAUAUCUGCCUUAUGGGCGCAAGAAUCACAUCAUAGUGUCCAGUCUGCUUGCUUGUGCUGUUGCAUACAAAGUCACAUCCAUAAGGGCAGAGGCUUGCCAGGCUGGGUGGAUGGCAGCUGAAGAUAAACAUACAUAUUUAAACCCCAUUUCUGAAAGAGAAAAACCAGUUGAAGUAGAGGAAGAAUAG